UUCAGGUUGACAAAAUCGUCAGUAUGCGUUUUGAUUGCUAAAACAAAACUUUCUGAAAUAGAAACAAAAAUAAGCGCUUCUGAUUGGUCUAAAUUAAGUCAUUUGAACGGUUUACAAACAGAAGAGGGUGUGUGGCAUUCAAGUAGUUAAUAAAAUUUGAUGAACAUACGGUUGUAAACAACGUUAAAAAGAUAAAAAGAAAAGUAAAGAAAAAUGAUGACGUCACGUGUGUUAGUUCUCUUUUGCUUAUUGGCUGCACACCAGAUCAGUGCUAACAGAAUAUUACGAAAGAAUGAUGCCAACGAAGAAGUCGAUCGUACAAAACGCGACAGUAUAAGAAUUUUCUCCGCAUGUGAUGCAGCAAAAAGUGCACUUGUCUUGGCUACAUGCACUAAAACGUUGAAAGCGCAAUGUGAAUUUCAUGAUGGUACCGCGACUGUGAGGAGAAUCUGCAGCUUUGAUCAUAACAAUGGUUCAUUCCAAUUUGUGUGUGAUAAUUUACAGACUGAAGUCCUACAGUGUUGUGAUUAUUAUUGCGCUUAAAAGUUUUUUAUUUAAUACAUUUGUAUAUGUUAAAUAUUAAUCAAUACAUCAUAUUCGUCCGUCAAA